AUGGAGCAAACUUUGCAAAGCUGCUCUUUAAACAUAUCCAAGCUGGUCCACAACACCAGCGUGCCACUAAAUGCCACUGGGAAUUACACCAGCGACCAAGUCACCGAAGUCAACCUCGUAGACAUCCUGGGUCCAAAACGGUCCCCCUUUUUCCUCCCUGUGAGCAGUGUUUACCUUCUCAUCUUCCUCGUCGGCUUGUCUGGGAAUCUUCUCACAUGUGCAGUGAUAGCAAAGCACAAGAAGAUGCGAAACCCCACCAACCUCUACUUGUUGAGCCUGGCUUUGUCGGACCUUCUUGUUCUACUGUUCGGGAUGCCCCUGGAGGUAUACGACCUGUGGCAGAACUACCCCUUUCCCUUUGGCGAGGGCGGCUGUUACUUCAAAACCUUCCUCUUCGAGGCGGUCUGCUUCGCUUCAAUCCUCAACGUCACAGCUUUGAGCGUGGAGAGGUAUAUAGCUGUGGUGCACCCGCUCAAAACACGGUACCUCUCGACUAACAAGCACGCAAAGCGGGUCAUCACCAUCGUGUGGGUGGUAUCCAUGAUCUGUGCCAUCCCCAACACCUCCCUGCACGGACUCUUCUACCUGAAAGGGAGGAUGGAGGAGUCAGCCAUAUGCACUGUGCUGAAGCCCCUGUGGAUCUAUAACAUGGUCAUGCAGAUUACCACUGUGUGCUUCUAUUUCGUGCCCAUGAUGGUGAUCAGCGUGCUGUACCUGGUGAUGGGCCUUCAUUUGUGCAGAGAACGAAGGCAGCCAAGCGAGAACCUGGGGAGGAACUGUAGCAGCAACAUUCGGAGGAAGAUGAGCGUGAACGGGCGCAGGAGACAGAUCAACAAGAUGCUCUCGAUCGUGGUGGCGGUGUUUGGAGUCUGCUGGGCGCCAUUCCACAUCGAGAGACUCCUCUGGAGUUCCAUCAGCCAGUGGACCGAUUUGAUGCACAACAUUUAUCAGUACGUCCACAUCCUCUCGGGCGUCUUCUUUUAUCUCAGCUCUGCAGUCAACCCCAUCAUCUACAGUCUGCUGUCCACACGGUUCAGGGAGUGUUUCCGAGAACUCGUUUGCUUCCAGACGGAGGAAAACAGCUCUGUCAGAGACUCGCCACCAUUCCCUAAGAUCUUACUGGAACCCUCUGUCUCAAGUGCCAGAGCCCAGGUUGAAGAUAAGGACUCCAACGCUUUCAUUCCUUUGCUGUCUCCUAACAUGAAACUGAGCAUGGACACUACAAUCCUCAAAAAUGCAUGGAGAGAGAAGACCUGUAAAACCUCUGUGUUCUAAUUGAGGCUUUAUUUAAAUGAGCUAACAAGCAGUAGACAAGCUAUUGUUUGACAUGUUUGGAAAAUGAUUAUCCUCUUCCUGUAAGUUAAAUAAGAGGAUUGAUAACACUAACAUAUGUUUAAUGUAUCUUUGUUGUGGCUCGACAGUUAUGUUAUGUUAAGUUAUGUUUUUUAGUCUAGUCUUGUGUUUUUGAUCUUGUCACUUCCUGUUUUUAUUUUUUAAAGUAAUCAUUCCCUCU